AUGACUACAUUUUUAGAUAUAGUUAAAAAUUGCGAUAAUUUUCCAUACCCGAAUGAAGAAAUAGGUGAAGAGAAUUUAUUGCAUAACAUAGUACCACUAAUAUUAAAUAAUGUUAAAAUAGGACUUAUUCUUAAAACUACAAUUCCGGCAUUAAAAAAAUAUAAUGAACUUCAAAAUCCUUGUCCUUUUAUUAUUGAAAAAACUUUUAUUACUUUUGCAUCAUAUUUAAAUACUUUUGAAGAAAGAACUGAAGUAAUAAAAAAUCUUUUGGAAACUUGGAGAAAAGAAAAAACUUUUCCUGCUUUAGUUGGAUGGCGUGAUGAACUUUACCCAGUUUUUGGACCAUCUAAUAUAGCAUUUGUUAUGGAAAGAUCAGCUACACCAUUAUUUGGAGUAUUAACAUUUGGAGUUCAUUUAAGUGCAUAUAUUAGAACAUCAGAAGGAAAAAUUAAAAUGUGGAUUGCAAAACGUUCUAUAACAAAACCUACAUGGCCAGGUUAUUUAGAUAAUACAGUAGCAGGUGGUAUACCAUAUAAGUUAUCUGUUACAGAAACUGUUGUUAAAGAGGCGAUGGAAGAAGCUAGUUUACCUGUAGAGAUUGCUGAAAAGGCAGUCCCAGUUGGUGCAAUUACAUAUUUUAUAGUUACAAAGAACGGAUUACAGCCUGAAGUCGAGUAG